CGCCGCUCACUUCGCGCGGGAGUGGGGCGCCGGAGCGUUGGAGCUGCAGGUCUGUGGGAACGGAAGCCACAGCCAGGAAGAGAGGCAGCCAGGAUGGCGACACCGAGCAGGAAAACGUGCACCCCAAGUCCCCUGGCCCCCAAGAGAGCUUUCCCGAGAGAGCCCUCGUCGGAAGUCCCGAACAAGAAAAAGAGUUCGGCCCCACCGGCGGCGCCGCCGCCGCCACUGCCGCUGCAGUCGUCCGGGCCUUUCGUGGAAGGCUCUAUCGUCCGCAUCGCGAUGGAGAACUUCCUAACAUAUGAUAUCUGUGAAGUAUCUCCUGGGCCCCACUUGAAUAUGAUUAUUGGAGCCAAUGGAACAGGGAAGUCCAGCAUCGUGUGUGCCAUUUGCCUUGGAUUAGCAGGCAAACCUGCUUUCAUGGGACGGGCAGAUAAGGUUGGCUUUUUUGUGAAGAGAGGAUGUUCCAAAGGCAUGGUUGAAAUUGAAUUGUUCAGGACGUCUGGAAAUCUUGUAAUCACUCGUGAGAUUGAUGUGGCAAAAAAUCAGUCCUUUUGGUUCAUCAACAAAAAAUCUACAACUCAGAAAGUAGUAGAAGAGCAGGUUGCAGCCUUAAAUAUUCAAGUGGGCAAUCUUUGCCAGUUUCUACCUCAGGAUAAAGUUGGAGAAUUUGCUAAACUCAGUAAAAUUGAACUCCUUGAAGCCACUGAGAAGUCAGUUGGUCCUCCAGAAAUGCACAAAUACCACUGUGAACUCAAAAACUUCAGGGAGAAAGAAAAACAACUAGAGACCUCAUGCAAAGAGAAAACUGAAUAUCUAGAGAAGAUGAUUCAGAGGAAUGAAAGAUAUAAACAAGAUGUGGAGAGGUUUUAUGAACGUAAGCGACAUUUAGAUUUGAUUGAGAUGCUUGAAGCAAAAAGGCCAUGGGUGGAAUAUGAAAAUGUUCGUCAGGAAUAUGAAGAAGUAAAAUUAGCUCGGGACCGAGCAAAGGAUGAGGUCAGAAAACUUAAAGAAGGGCAGAUUCCUAUAACACAACGUAUUGAAGAAACUGAAAGGCAGCGUCACAAUUUGGAGGCUCGAAUCAAAGAGAAGGCAACAGAUAUUAAGGAGACAUCUCAAAAAUGCAAACAAAAGCAAGAUGUUAUAGAAAGGAAAGAUAAACAUAUUGAGGCGCUUCAGCAGGCUUUAACAGUAAAACAAAAUGAAGAGCAUGAUCGACAGAGGAGAAUAAGUAAUACCCGCAAAAUGAUAGAAGAUUUGCAAAAUGAACUGAAGACCACAGAAAACUGUGAGAACCUUCAACCCCAAAUUGAUGCCAUUACAAAUGAUCUGAGACGAGUUCAAGAUGAAAAGGCAUUAUGUGAAGGCGAGAUAAUUGAUAAGCAUAGAGAGAGGGAAACUCUAGAGAAGGAGAAGAAGAGUGUGGAUGAUCAUAUUGUGCGUUUUGACAAUCUUAUGAAUCAAAAGGAAGAUAAGCUGAGACAGAGAUACCGUGAUACAUAUGAUGCUGUUUUAUGGCUGAGAAAUAACAGAGACAAAUUUAAGCAAAGAGUCUGUGAACCCAUAAUGCUCACGAUCAAUAUGAAAGAUAACAAAAAUGCCAAAUAUAUUGAAAAUCAUAUUCCAUCAAAUGACUUGAGAGCUUUUGUGUUUGAAAGUCAAGAAGAUAUGGAGGUUUUCCUCAAAGAGGUUCAUGACCAUAAAAAAUUAAGAGUGAAUGCUGUUAUUGCUCCUAAGAGUUCAUAUGCAGACAAAGCACCUUCAAGACCAUUGAAUGAACUCAAACAAUAUGGAUUUUUCUCUUAUUUGCGAGAGUUAUUUGAUGCACCUGAUCCUGUCAUGAGUUACCUUUGCUGCCAGUAUCACAUUCAUGAAGUUCCUGUAGGAACUGAAAGAACCAGAGAAAGAAUUGAACGGGUAAUACAAGAAACCCGAUUAAAACAAAUUUAUACAGCAGAAGAAAAGUUUGUGGUGAAAACUUCUUUUUAUUCAAACAAAGUUAUUUCUAGUAACACAUCCCUAAAAGUAGCCCAGUUUCUCACAGUCACUGUGGAUCUAGAGCAAAGACGACACUUAGAAGAACAGCUAAAGGAAAUUAAUAGAAAAUUGCAAGCAGUAGAAUCAGGGUUGACUGCCUUACGUGAGACAAACAAACAUCUAGAACACAAAGAUAAUGAACUUAGACAAAAGAAGAAGGAGCUUCUUGAAAGGAACACCAAGAAAAGACAACUGGAACAAAAAAUUAGUUCCAAACUAGGAAGUUUAAAGCUGAUGGAACAGGAUACUUGCAACCUUGAAGAGGAAGAGCGAAAAGCAAGUACCAAAAUCAAAGAAAUAAAUGUUCAAAAAGCCAAACUUGUUACUGAAUUAACAAACCUGAUAAAGAUUUGUACUUCUUUGCAUAUACAAAAAGUAGAUUUAAUUCUUCAAAAUACUACAGUGAUCUCCGAGAAGAACAAAUUAGAAUCAGAUUAUAUGGCUGCUUCAUCACAGCUACGUCUCACAGAGCAACAUUUCAUCGAGUUGGAUGAAAAUAGACAGAGAUUAUUGCAGAAAUGCAAGGAACUUAUGAAGAGAGCCAGGCAAGUAUGUAACCUGGGUGCAGAGCAGACCAUUCCUCAAGAAUAUCAGACACAAGUACCCACCAUUCCAAAUGGACACAACUCCUCACCCCCCAUGGCUUUCCAAGAUCUUCCAAACACCUUGGAUGAAAUUGAUGCUUUAUUAACUGAAGAAAGAUCAAGAGCUUCUUGCUUCACAGGACUGAAUCCUACAGUUGUUGAGGAGUACACAAAAAGAGAAGAAGAAAUAGAGCAAUUAACUGAGGAACUAAAGAUAAAGAAAGUUGAACUGGAUAAAUAUAGGGAAAACAUUUCACAGGUAAAAGAAAGGUGGCUGAAUCCUUUAAAAGAGCUGGUAGAAAAAAUUAAUGAAAAAUUUAGCAAUUUUUUUAGUUCCAUGCAGUGUGCUGGUGAAAUUGAUCUCCAUACAGAAAAUGAGGAAGACUAUGAUAAAUAUGGAAUUCGAAUUAGAGUCAAAUUUCGCAGUAGCACUCAACUACAUGAAUUAACUCCUCAUCAUCAAAGUGGAGGUGAAAGAAGUGUUUCCACCAUGUUAUACUUGAUGGCACUUCAGGAGCUUAAUAGAUGUCCGUUCAGAGUAGUUGAUGAAAUCAAUCAGGGAAUGGACCCAAUCAAUGAACGGAGAGUGUUUGAAAUGGUUGUAAAUACUGCUUGUAAAGAAAACACAUCUCAGUACUUCUUUAUUACACCAAAGCUCCUGCAAAAUCUUCCUUAUAAUGAAAAGAUGACGGUAUUAUUUGUCUACAAUGGUCCUCAUAUGCUAGAACCAAACAGAUGGAAUUUAAAGGCUUUCCAAAGGCGGCGGCGCCGUAUUACAUUCACUCAGCCUUCUCAAUAAAAGUAAAGGGGCAAGAACUUUGGGACUUCUCUGUUAAAUCCUGUAUAUAAGUGUGGCUCAACUGAAUAAAAGUUAGGAGAUUCAUUAAGACUAAAAAGAUCAGUUAUUUUUGGAAACCCUAUAUUAGAUACAAAUGGGUCGAUGAAAAGAGACCAUAAUAACUUCUUUCUGUGGAACAUCAUCUGGUAGUAAAAAUUAAGUCUUCUUGAGUCCUUAGCACUCUGACCAUAAGUCAUUGGGUCCCCAUUUUUAAAAGUAUUUGCUACUCAAAUCAAAGGUACAGUGGAAGGGCUUAUCAGUUACAAGAAGUUUAGUUGACAUGGUAACCCUGAGCUUUACUUGCAAAGUAAUUUUAACUACUUUUAGAGUCUAAAGAUGACUCUACAGCUUAAGUCAUAGUUUCUCCCAGUGUUAUAUUUAAUUUUUAAAACUUGAUAUGGAAAUGUCUAGUCUAAUGUAUAGUAAUAAUUUAUGGCAAAUCUAUUCAUUUCUUCCUAUUAAAAAGAUUACCUUAUCUCCACUAGGAAAUGGAAUUUUAUGAGCCUUUAAAAAAAGUUUUAUGAAACUUGAUACUAUAAUUAUAUUGGUAUCUCAAAGGAGGGAAAAGUACUGGGGUUCAAAAAUGGUAGCAGGACUUCUUUGAAAUGCCACAAGGUGGCCACUAGAUGAUGCAAAAAAUGCAACCAAAAGAUUGACAGAGAAUAAAAUCAAGUGCCAAGGGUUUUUAAAGAAUAACCCUGUAAAAUGUGGGUGAGGUUUUUUGGGUUUUGGUGGUUUUUUCCUUUUUUUAAUUUAAAGUCAAUUGUAUUUUACAUCUUAAAUUUCUAAAGCAUUUUCAUAAUUAUUUUUAGUAAGAUUUUUCUUAAGGUUUCAUAUACUGGUUUCUACAAUUUAUAUUUGAAAUUUCUCAGUGUUAUGUAAAGAGUGAGGAAAAGCAUUGAUUUGUUUAAAACCAUAAUGUUUUUAGAAUCUAAGCUUAUAUAGGUCCUAAAACUUACAGUGUUGAUCCUACCCCAUUAUCUUAGAAAAUCUAGUUUAAACUGUUCUUUCAACGUGAAAGAAUUAGAUGAGAACAUCAUUUGUUUAUCUCUGAGUUAUACUAAUUAACAGUGCCAAAACAAAUUCUAUUCUUUUAAAUAUUGUAAAAUAACGGACUAGAUCAAGGACAUAUCUUUGAACAAUGGACUGGAUCUGUGCCGGUAAUAACAGAAUUAUUUUUUUGACUUGGCAGCUUGACUAAAUUGAAGAAUUGCAGUCAAUUUGGGUUUUGUAUGUUCUUAAAUAGCCACUGAAAUUUAUAUUCUUGUUAGGUCAAAAAAUAAACCUCUUACUUGGACAUUUUCUCUUUAAAAAGCUAUUUUUUUCUUCAUAAAAAUUUUAAAAGAGCCUUCCCCUCUUAAACUAAGUCUAAUGCAUAUACUAUGAAAAUAUUUUAAAAUAACAUUUUUACUAGUGCAAACAACUCAUGUAAACCUUGAAAACCUUGGUAACAUAUUAGUAAAUGGAUGUUGUUACCAAAUGUUUUUGUUGUUGUUUAAUACUUCGUUUUCCACCAAAGUAUCUUUACUAAUAUGUGCUUGGUGUAGUUUGUUUACUGUCUGAGUUAGUGCCAGUCAUCUUAUUUCUGCAAAAUGAUUAUCAAUGUGAAAAAGAAGUUUGAAGAUUAGGCGUGUUUGAAAAUAAAAUGGUCAACUACAUUUCAGUUUACAUAUGCCAAUAAUUAUUCCAUACCUUGUUUAUAAGCAUUUCUCUCUCUCUAGUGGAGAAAUAUUUGGUUUUACAUUGAAUGUUGAGCUGUGAAGAAUAGUAAGUCUAGCACAUUAGUCUCAGCCACUUGAAACUUCACAUAUUUUCUGUAAAAGUUGAUUUUAAUUACAUACAAACUGUAAAAACGUCAAAUAACAGUCUGAUUUGAUGAAUAAAAUAUUUAAAACCCUAAGGUGACAAGCAAGUAUUUUUAAUGACAAAAUCUUCAUUGAUUUGCCUAAGGAGAGAAAUUAAAAGGUUUUUAGCAGUAAGUAAAAGGAAAGAUUUCUUGCUGCUUUCUAGUUAAUUGUCUUUUGGACAUGUGCUUUUUUUCUUUGGAGUAUGAAUCUUUAAUGUGUAAAACAGUGUAAUUUGAGGGAAUUCCCUGGUGGUCCAGUGAUUAGGACUCCAUGCUUUCACUGCCGAGGGCCUGGGUUCAAUCCCUGGUCAGGGAAGUAAGAUCCUGCAAGCUGUGCAGUGCAGCGGGGAAAAAAAAAAAGUGUAAUUUUGUCCUGCUAUUGUGUGUGUGUGUUUGUGUGUGUGUGUAAUUGGAAAAAAACUCUUUGUGGGAAAUGCUACUUUGUUGGUAAUAAAUGCAUAUUUUCAUAUUC